UUAGAACCUAAACAAGUUAAGGAAGGAUCACCUGUUCUUCUUCAAGCAACUAUUACUGGAAAACCAAGACCUAAUUUUGUUUGGUUGAAAGACAAUCAACCAUUGACAGCUGGAAAUCGUCUUCGUACACGUUACGAUAUUGCUACAAAACAAGUUUUACUACAAAUUAAUGAUGUUCGUCCACAAGAUGUUGGUGAAUAUCGUGUCAUUGCAACAAAUCCAGCUGGUAAAGAUUCGACUGUAGGUUCACUAAAUGUUGUACCAGAUAAACCAGGUGUUGAUGAGCGACCAUUUGUACCACAAGAUAAAUUUCGUAGUUUGGAAGCUCCUGAAGGAAAAGGACCACGACCAUUAGAGAUAGUACCUGGUGUUGAUAUUCAACCAUUUGUUUCACCAGAUAAGUUCCGUAAACUAGAUCAUGUUGAACCAUCGGCGAAACAAAUCGAAGAAGUACCAGAACCUAAACGACCACCACGAGUCAUUGUACCAUUAAGCAAUUGUGAACUGGAAGAACUCAUGCCUGUGAUACUGACAACAACAAUUGAUGCUGGUGUUCCAAUGGCUACAGUACGGAUUGUUUUUCAUUCUCUCUUUAGUGAUUAGGAAUUUUAUUUAGCUGAGUUUUGAUUGAAAGAAACAUAUAGGAAGAUGGAUUAAAAUUUCUCAUGAGCCACUUGUCGUCUAAUAAGAGUACUUGAUUAGAAAUAGUAUUAUUCCUAUGAGGUAUCGCUAUGAUUUCAAAUAUCAUAGUCAUUGAAUUAUAUGCGGAAGGAAAGCUCAUGCAAAAUGGGAUUCAGGAGUAUAAGUUGCCACUCAUUGUGUGAUUAUCUGCUUAUAUCGUCAUGGUAAGUGACACAUUACAGAUACAAAAUUAGACAUUUCCAAGAGUGGCCAAUUCCUAAAACAUCAUGUUUUUUCGCCCCCCCCCCAGUUUGUAUAGACGUCUCUUCGCUGAUGAUCUUGGUAGAAAAGGUUUUAUUUUGAUCUUUAGAUAAUGAUGCUAAGAUCUAAAUGCUGACAAUUUCAAGCUGCUGUGAACUAUAGAACUAAGAUGUUUUGAGUAUUAGGACGUUAGGAUCACUAUAUAUUGAUCAAAGCAAAAUUUGCCACCAAAAUGAUGAGAGUAAAGAGCUCUAUUAAGUAUCAAAGGCGAAUGUGCCUGAUGUUUUAAGAGUUCGCUACGGUUGUAAAUGCCCAAUUAAUUAUGUACCUAAAAUUUACAACUUUCCGUUAUUCUAUAGCCCAUUCUCAUGUAAUUAGUAACCGCUUGUACUCCAAAAUUCCAUUCUUCACGAGCUUUCAUUCGACAUAUAACACAGUGAUUAUGCUAUUUCAAAUCAUAGCAAUCUCUCUAGAAUAAUAAUAGUAUUUCUAACCGAGUACAUCGAUAUCACUGGUUGCUUCUUGUUUCGAAGUUUUUUUGACAAUGUUAUGAAGUUUCAGUCUUUUCAGUUUUGUUCUCUUUUAAUCAUUUUGCGAAAUUUCAUUUUCAAUUAACGUUUAUGCCUGUAUUCCGACACUCAAAGAACAUCUCUGCAGCUAAUGGAUUUUCUAUGAAUGUACAAGCAGAGAAUACUGUUUCUUAUUUGGCUGUUCGGAGUACAGAUAAACUGAUGAUCGUUCGAGUACAACUUUAUCGUACGGCAUGUGUACUUCCUAUUUCAUACCUACGAAUGGAAAAGACAACUCAUAAAUAAUGUGCUUAAGAAAAGAGGUACUACAAGACAACAAGAAACAAAUAUCAAUAUGCAAGAACAUGCAGGCUAAAAGAUCACCGUAAAAUAUCAAUGAACUACUGCCCGUCAAAUACAAACGUAAUCAAACAUGACUUUAUACAGUUUCUCGUAAUGCUCACACGGCAUUUGUUACCUUGAAUUAUGACGCAAGAAGUCAUGUCAUUCUAAUUUAUACUUAUAAUUGGCAUGAACAGUGAAUGAAAUACCAUUGUCUUAAGCACUCGAUAAUAUAGACGUAAUCUUCAGUUGUGAAGCGAUCAAACUUCAUUUCCAUAGCUUUUCUUUCACAUUAGUACUCAUAUAAAUUUUUUUAUCCAAAUAUACUUUUCUACC